UUCCCACACUUUGACCCCUUAAACCUAGCAUUUUUUAUCUAAAUUCAUACGUACACCUGUAUAUUCUGAAAUGCUGAGAAGAAGAUUAACUUCACUAUUAUCAACUUCAAUCCGCAAUGCCCACAAUCAAUUCCACAAACCCAUCUCAAUCUUGCCACCGCGCAUAUCCAAUUUGACCCCAUUGCUGCAAUUCGUAGAGUGCCCGCCAGGUUUUUCGAACCCGAGUUCUAAUGGAUAUUUUAAUUAUCAGAGUACGAGGACUUACAGCAGCCUAUUGGCAUUGAAUGAUUUGAGGGAUAACAAGGGGGCCCGGAAACAGAAGACACGGAAGGGCCGGGGUAUCGGGUCGGGCAAAGGAAAGACGGCUGGUCGGGGGCAUAAGGGACAGAAGGCCCGGGGUACUAUGAAGUUUGGAUUUGAAGGUGGUCAAACUCCUCUUCGUCGCCGCCUCCCUAAACGCGGGUUUAAGAAUCCAUUCAGCCUCACUUUUCAGCCAGUUGGGUUAGGAAAAAUUGCAAAGCUGAUCAAUGCAGGGAAGAUAGAUUCUUCGGAGUUGAUAACAAUGAAAACUCUCAAGGAUGCAGGUGCAAUAGGGAAGCAAAUUAGAGAUGGAGUUCGACUGAUGGGCCGUGGGGCUGAACAUAUACAAUGGCCAAUCCAUCUUGAGGUGUCAAGGGUCACUGUCAGGGCAAAAGCAGCAGUCGAAGCUGCUGGUGAAGCUGCUGGUGGGUCCGUAAGGAGGGUGUAUUACAAUAAACUGGGCUUCCGGGCAUUGCUAAAACCGGAGUGGUUCGAGAAGAAGGGCAGAUUGCUCCCUAAAGCAGCAAGGCCUCCACCAAAACAGAAAGAUAAAGUAGAUAGUAUUGGACGUCUGCCUGCCCCUACCAAACCAAUUCCUCUGAUGCACGAAGAGAAAGAGCCAAUCUCCGCUUAAACGACCUGACGUUUACUUUAGCCGUUGUAGAGCUCGAUGAUUGCUACACGAACAAAUUGUCUUCAAACAGUAAUUUGAGUUGAGCCUGUUUCUGUUCGUCUUGUGCUUGCUGACUGGAAAUAAAAUUUUCUUGUUUUGUGAGUCACCAUUUCGUAUAACUACUUUGGCAUCUUUUGUA